AUGGAGAAAAGGAGGACAAGGGUAAUCCUGAAGGAAGCACUGAAGAUAGCGUUCCUGGGACUGUGCAUAUACGGGACGCUGGAUUAUGCCUUUCAGAAGGAAACCAUCGAGAUGAUCAGGUCCAAUUCCGGUGGGAAAUUCCUGUAUCUUACGUUUAUAUCCCUACACCUAACAAUCAUCUCAACCAUCCUUGGAUAUCUGAUCGAGGUCGGCCUGGGAAAGAGGCUGGAGCAUAUCUACAAGGAUCUACUGGCUCUGUCCUUUUCUCUAGAGGGCAUUGUAACCAUAUUGUUUUGGACGCUGUACUGGACCAAGCCAACACUCCUAAAGAACAAGACAUUGUACGAAAGUGGUAUCCAAGAGAGCUUUCUAACGGAGAUCUCCCAGCAUUUGAUUCCGCUCCUUCUUCUACUGAUAUGUCAGGCAGAUGUGAAGCUACAAAGAAAGAAGAGGUGCAUCUGCUUUAUAUUUGGGUUUGGCACCCUAUACUUCCUGGAAAUCUGGUACUUCUCGACCAAAAACGAUAAGAAGUGGGCAUAUCCUAUGUUCAACAAGAUGGCCAUGGUGUACCGGAUACUCUUCAUUUUCGCAGCAUGUCUGAUUGGAGUUGCAUCCUACAUGUGCCUUCUUGAGAUAAACAGCCUGGCGCAUCAGAAGCAUGACCGGGCGAGUGAGAGUGAUUGA